AUGCUGUCCGCGAACCCGGACGGCCUUGAAUGCAAACACUGCCAAGUUGAUGGAAAGCCGUUUGGCGCGAUGGCUAUGCCAAGCUAUGGCGUUGAGGAUCUGGUAUAUAUGAGCUACCUCUUCGUACCUUUUGGCAGCCCCCGAGACAUCAGGCUUGAGCUGGGUGAGACCGUUGUUAUCUGCCCGGCCACAGGAGGGUUCGGCGCUGCGGGUGUGCAAGUCGCCAUUGCCAUGGGCGCCAGGGUCAUUGCCAUAGGUCGAAAUGAACAGGAACUGGCGAGGCUGAAGACACGCAUCAGCAAAGGAUCGUCCACUCCCCACGUCGAUACGGCCAAGAUUACGGGAGACGAGGGGAAAAACGCCGCUGCCUUGCAUGCGUUCGGAACAAUCGAUGCGGUGUUGGAUCUCUCGCCGCCUUCCGCAGCCAAGUCACCGCACUUCAACAGUGCCAUUCUAGCCCCUUCGUCCCAAAGGUUGCAUUAG